CAUUUAUACACACAGUCUGCCAAGUCUCCAGUUUCUAUUCUUCCUCCUUCUCUGUUCCUUCCCCUCCCCGGCUUUGCACUACCAAAGCUGAACUCUGGCCUUAUAAACAGUUUAAGAACUAAUCAGAAAGAGGAAGAAGAAUCAGUGUAAAUUGGCUAGCAAAUGUACCCUGCCCUGUCCUCUCCCCUCUUGAAAAUAGCCGCAACCCAACUUGGCAAAAUAGUUUGCCUAAAGAGCAGGCACUCUAUGAAUGGAAUGUCUUUUUAGACCCUUUCCUGGUAUCCAGAUUUACUCUGCAGCUCACCAUCGUGGGUUAGUUCUUCAACAGACUGUUACAUUGGAUCUUCCAAAGACUUGGAGCUUGCUUCAGAGAGCAAUUGCAAAAAGGCUGUACUGUGAACCUGGAAGACAGCAGUUUGGGCAUCCUCUGACAUAACAUAAGAAGCACUAACUACCCUAAGGAGGAACAUUUGUGAAGGGUAUUGCUGUGCCAGAAAGAGGCAUUGAGAAGAAGAACUAGAAAAUCAUGAGUGUUGUCGGAAAUGUGACAGGAUCUUCUGCCGGUGAGAACAUAUGCGGGAAUACUAUUGAUGAAUUCCGCAACCACGUGUACUCCACCAUGUACUCUAUGAUCUCUGUUGUGGGGUUCUUUGGCAAUAGCUUUGUGCUAUAUGUCCUCAUAAAAACAUAUCAUGAGAAAUCAGCCUUCCAAGUAUACAUGAUUAAUUUAGCUGUAGCAGAUCUACUGUGUGUGUGCACACUGCCUCUCCGUGUGGUCUACUAUGUCCACAAAGGCAUUUGGCUCUUCGGUGACAUUUUGUGCCGUCUCAGCACCUAUGCCUUGUAUGUUAAUCUCUACUGUAGCAUUUUCUUUAUGACAGCCAUGAGCUUUUUCCGAUGUGUUGCAAUUGUUUUCCCAGUCCAGAAUAUUAAAUUGGUAACCCAGAAAAAAGCCAAAUUUGUGUGUGUUGGCAUUUGGAUUUUUGUGAUUGUGACCAGUUCUCCAUUUUUAAUGUCUAAAACUUACAAAGAUGAGAAAAACAAUACCAAAUGCUUUGAGCCUCCUCAGGACAAUCAAGCUAAAAAACAUGUUCUGAUCUUACAUUAUGUGUCAUUACUCAUUGGCUUCAUCAUCCCUUUUAUCAUUAUAAUUGUAUGUUACACAAUGAUCAUUUUAACCUUACUAAAAAAUUCAAUGAAGAAAAAUCUUCCAAGUCGUAAAAAGGCUAUAGGAAUGAUCAUAGUUGUAACAGCUGCUUUUUUGAUUAGCUUCAUGCCUUAUCAUAUUCAACGCACUAUCCAUCUGCAUUUUUUACACAAUGAAACGAAACCCUGUGAAUUGGUCCUUAAAAUGCAGAAAUCAGUCGUUAUUACCUUGUCUCUAGCUGCAUCAAAUUGUUGCUUUGACCCGCUCCUGUAUUUCUUUUCCGGGGGAAACUUUAGGAGAAGGCUGUCUACAUUUAGAAAGCAUUCUUUGUCCAGUAUGACAUAUAUGCCCAAAAAGAAGGCCUCCCUGCCAGAAAAAGAAGAGGAAAUAUACAAAGAAUAGUUUAAACUCAUUUUCACUGUAAACCAAUGAAAAGACUUUCCCAAAAAAAUAUUUCCCCACAUCUUGUAUAAGAAAAAUAAAAUUUUCUACUAACAGUGUACAAUGAUGUAACUUCAUAUACUUAUAAAUCUAUAUCAUUUAUGAAUCAUCCCAUUAUGAGAUAUGAGCCACCUUAUAUCCCACUAUGAAAUAUAUUUUAAAAGUUCAUUUCACAAUUAUGAGCUAAAUUAUAAAUGGUUGUUUGACCAUUCUCCAGAAGGUGGAAAAUAUUUGUGGUUUUGCUCUGUGAAACCAAAUGUGAGGUCAAGGUUUUCCUUCUCCAAUAAAAGCUGUACAAAGGCUAAGAACAAGACUUUUAAAUCUAGCUUUAAAAUUAGCAAGUAGUUCUCAAUCAUCUUAGCAUAUUCCUUUGCAUGCAUGCCAUCAGAUGAGAAGCAGAGAUGACCCAGUGCUACAUAAAAUGUACUGUCAGCCUCUUUCUUUGUAGUACUAACUAGCUAAGGGGAAGAGAGGCCAUUCCUUUCAGGAGAAAAUGUACAAGGGCUCAUUCAGCCAAAUGGCCAUAAAAUCUCCAUGCAAUGUACAAUCUGGAAACUGGGGAAGGCCAGUGUAUCAUCCAAUUUUCUUCUGCCCCUGCCUCUGAAACUCAGAAAAGAAUAGUGUUUUGUUGCUCAUUGCAGUUCCUAUAAGAAAUUGUCUUCCUACUUGAUAUAAAAUCCUUCCUUAAGAAGCCAGACCAAUGGAUCCUACAUAUGAACAAAAGUAAUUUUUUUGCCAGUCUUGGGGCUU